AUGGCACACCAGAACAAAGAAGUCCAAAAUGAUGGCGAACUUAAUACACUGGUAGGAAGUGAAGAAAAAGAAUAUUCAGCUACUCCGCUGCAGAUACCCAUCAUGAAGCCACCCGAACUGACUAUCUCUCGAACUGGCACAGAUGAUGCCAGGAAUAAUGUAAAAUUCGAAUCGCAAUUGCCGAUGCUCUAUGGUCUUCAUCCAAGUACCAAACCUUCUUUAACUCCAGGCUCGUCCGUGUAUAAUCCGCCAGUGGUGCACGCUUCCGGCUCAAGCUUUGCGCCUCCGAUAUUGAACGAAUAUAGUUUUACCUCGCAAACGCAGAAUCAGUCUCUGAUGCCAAUGUAUGUGCCACAAAACGGAAUUCAACAAAGAUUAGGUGAGGUCGUAGAUCUUAAUAACAUACGACUGUCCCAAACAAUACCUUCGACCAGCUCUAGCAACGAAAGGCUGCGAAGAAGAGUUACGAAAGCAUGCGAGCGUUGUAGAACACACAAAAUCAAAUGCUCAGGUUUUGCUCCAUGCCAAAACUGUUUGAAACACUCAGCCGAAUGCAAUUUCCAAGACAAGCAGAGUUCAGUGGAGCCUGGAUUCAAACGUCAAAAGAGUGAAAAUGACGCUACUCUUUUCACAUCCCUGCUGAAUCCUAUUUCAAAUAACGGCAAGUCUCCGGCUGAGUUACUGGUUAAUUCAGAACCGUCUUGUAAGAGCAAUCGCGUUGUAGAUGGAAGUGAACCUGUGACGCCCAGCACUACCCAUGAUGAAGAGUAUGUGCGAUCCUUGGAGAAAAGAGUGGCCUAUCUUGAAUCUCUCAUAGAAAGCUCCACUCGCACAAGUGCCUUCAUCCCGGAUGCACAUGGUAUCACCCCUAAAACUUCCUACUUUCCAGCUUCCAUCCCUGAAGACAAAGAUCGUGAUACCUACAGUUCCGUCGUAGCUUCUGAUCCAUUUUUUAUGGGUAAAAUUGAUGUUACGGGUCUUCUAAGAAAGGAAAACAUGAAGUUUAGAGUGUGCAAUAAAACCUCGGUGUGUUUAACGGUACAGUUCUGUCAAUUGAUAUACGAAAAUCUUUCAAAAGAAUCUCAGGCAAUAGUUGAGUGUCCUAGAGCUCAAUACUAUGGCUGGAAUUUAUCUGGUUGCCACUAUCUUCGUCCUAACUCAAUACCACCAUACCCUGAAAUGCCUGGUUUUGAGGCCACACAUAAACUGGAUCUCAUAAAUUACUUCUUUCGCGAAAUCAAUCCUCUUUUCGCGGUUCUUCACGAGCCGGUCUUUCGUGAGCAACUUUCGUUGUUCACCAGAUUGGAAAAAGAGCCACUGGAACAAGGUAAUAGAACAGCACUCUUCCUGGCCAUGCUCCUGCUUGUGUAUGCUCUUGGUAUACGGUUCACGGAAUUUGUCAAACCGAAUGGUCCAGACAUGGCAAAUUUGAAUGUGGAAACUACUCUCUUCAAAUAUGCUCAUCUGGUUUUGCUGAUAUUCUCUCUUGAGUGGGAAAGUAUUGAACUCGUCCAAUGUUGGUUGCUAGCCGCAUUGUACUUGAGAAUCACUCACAAACAAUGCUCAAGUAAUAAUACACUCUGUCAAGCAGUUAGUAUGGCUAGACUGAUGGGAAUUGGACGAAAAUUACGCUUUCGGGGUCCUGACACUUACGAGGUCACCAAAUUAAGGCGUGUUUUCUAUUCCGUGUUUUGCUUCGAUAGAAUUCUAGGGCUUCAAUCAGGAAGGUUUCUGUUGUUGAACGCUGAUGACAUAAGUCGGAAAUUUCCACUGUUCGAUUUCAAAUUUGAAAGUUCAAUAGAUGAUUGGUUGACUCUCCCGUCAUUGGCAAUGAUCCAUAUUUCCCGUCUUACCUUCUAUAUUGAGCUGUACGAGCCAGGUCGUGACAGUCCAGCAAAGAUUGUGGAAAUGGAACGGGAUUUGGUGAACCUCAAAUUGUGGCUCGAUAAGAAUGGCUUCUCAGAUGACAACCUUCGGGCUGCGGCCAAACGUGCUGACUACGAAUCACCGCAUGGUCUUCCGAGCGCCCCGAUGUCAGUGUCAUGUUGCGCGCAAGUUAGAUUGUUCUAUUCCGACUUGAUACUUUCGAUUUACGCGAAGCUGUUGAUUCUUUAUACUGCAGUUGAUGCUGUGAACUUCACUUCCGUUAAAUUUGACCUCUUAUGGGGUAGUAUGAACUGCGUCCUAGUCACCUUACAAAGCCUUGUUGAAGCCAAUCUCAUCUAUACUCCAUGGUAUCUUACACUUUCUACUCUUGUGACUGUUGGAAUCAUCUCAUCGUUGUUCAUAAAUGCAGGCAAAUAUGAACACGAGGCAAGGAAAACCCUCAGAGAGUCAAUAUCCAUUUUAAGACACCUACAAAAUUCGCUGGUGUAUGAUACUGAUGGCAAGAUAAUAUUUCGCGAACGUUUUAAAAUGCUCGAUGAGAGUGUAUGGGUUUUGAAAUUAGUGAAUCAUAUUAUGGCGCUCCGCCAUGAAGAAACACUCAAUGCUUUGAAGGAUAUUGGAAUCGACCACGGCUCUUCGGAAGUAAAUCGGCAAACUUUUGGUCAUUUUAGAGCCCAUGGAGAAAAACCUCUCGGACUUGACGAGCUUAUCGAGAAACAAGAUCUUAGAGUUAAAGGCGAGAAAGCCUCCUCACCAGAGGAACGAUCCAAUGCGGUCCCACACGACACUUCUUCAACCAAUCGGAUGCCAGAACCUGAAUCACAAGGAGUUGAGCAGCCGGGCUCUUCUGACUUCGGGAUGGGCGAACUUUUUGGAAAUUUACAAUGGUUUGAUCAAUGGCUAGGAACUUACUAG